AAUGUCAGAGCAGAUUACGUUUGACAUGUUUACGUUUUAUAUUAUUGUGUGUUGCAGUCAAUAAAAUUAAUAAAUUUUAAAUUGAGACGAAAUGAAUCCACCCUUGAAAGGUCCGGUGUAUUCCAUGGAAGAAGUGCUGAUAAAAAGUGAGCCAGUCGAAAUCGAACCUACCGCCUACUUCCACAUAAAAUGUGAAGACGGCACUACUAUAGUCAAAGCCGAACCGUCCACACCUCCAUCCGCAUUUGAAGACCUGCCUUCAGAAACGGUAAUAAACAUCAAGUCAGAAAUUGAGCUGGGCGACUACGAAUGUAGCCCUUCAUUGAACAGCACGCUGGUACAGUGUAACAAUACCGACGAACAAAUAGCCACCGACGAGCCAAUAGACACCGACAAUACCAAGAUGUUCGGCUGUGAUCUGUGCGAUGCACGAUAUUCAAAUCGAAAUAAUCUUCAAGUUCACCGUCGCAAACAUACCGGCGAGCGACCAUUUGUUUGCGAAGAAUGCGGAAACACGUUCGAUCGGAAGCAGAAUCUCAUUCGGCACAAACGAUUUCACAGCGGAGAGAAACCCUAUCCGUGCGACAUAUGUGGCAUGCGAUUCAAGCAGAGCGCCCACGUCAAAUCCCACAUUCGGAUGCACAACGGGGAAAAGCCAUACGAUUGUGGUGAAUGUGGCGCCAAAUUUGCCACUAAAUACGGACUUACAGUCCACCAUCGGAGCCACACCGGUGAACGUCGGUACGAGUGUGAAUUGUGCGGGAAGACGUACGUGCGCAACGAAAGUCUGGUCAAGCACAGAAGAUUUCACAGUGGAGAGAAGCCGUACAGCUGUGAUAUUUGUGGAUUGCGCUUCACGCAACUUGGUCACGUUAGACAGCACGAACUGACGCACAACGGUGAGAAUUUAUUCCCAUGCGAUGAAUGUAGUGUAAAUUUUGCUCGCAAGUCGAGUGUGACUAAACACCGUAAGAAGAUGCACUCCUCGGAAGCGAUUCUCGGUUGAUUGAUGAUUGAUUAGUUAAUAGCUCAGCACAAGUAAACGUUUUCCUCGAAAGAGGCUAACUGUAUACAAUUA